CUGCGCUGCAGCAACGGGCGGGACUGGUAUGGUGGUUCCACAGGUCAGACCGCGCUGCACUCACAGGAAGGAGGCGGCGGCAGCGGCGGAGGAAGGCGGCGCACCCCGAGAGGCAUGCCCAAAGAAAAAUACGAGCCCCCUGACCCUCGGAGGAUGUAUACAAUUAUGUCUUCUGAGGAAGCAGCAAAUGGAAAGAAAUCCCAUUGGGCAGAGCUUGAAAUAAGUGGAAAAGUAAGAAGCUUAAGUGCAUCUUUGUGGUCACUAACUCAUCUGACAGCUUUGCAUUUGAGUGACAAUUCCCUGUCCCGAAUUCCUUCAGACAUUGCCAAGCUUCACAAUCUGGCGUAUUUGGACCUGUCAUCUAAUAAAAUCCGUAGCUUACCCGCAGAACUCGGAAACAUGGUAUCACUCAGGGAGCUCCAUUUAAAUAACAACCUGUUACGAGUUCUACCUUUUGAGCUGGGAAAACUGUUUCAGUUGCAGACUUUAGGCCUGAAAGGAAAUCCCCUUACCCAGGAUAUAUUGAACCUUUAUCAGGAACCAGAUGGAACAAGACGGCUGCUGAACUAUUUGCUUGAUAAUUUGUCAGGUACUGCAAAAAGAAUUUCAACAGAACAACCACCUCCAAGGUCUUGGAUUAUGUUACAAGAACCAGAUAGAACAAGGCCAACUGCCUUGUUUUCUGUCAUGUGCUAUAAUGUUCUUUGUGAUAAAUAUGCGACCCGGCAGUUAUACGGCUACUGUCCAUCAUGGGCACUAAACUGGGACUACAGGAAAAAGGCCAUUAUUCAAGAAAUCUUGAGCUGCAAUGCUGAUAUCGUAAGUCUUCAGGAGGUUGAAACGGAACAGUAUUACAGUUUUUUUCUGGUAGAACUGAAAGAACGUGGCUAUAAUGGAUUCUUUAGUCCUAAGUCUAGAGCUAGGACAAUGUCAGAACAAGAAAGGAAACAUGUUGAUGGCUGUGCAAUAUUCUUCAAGACAGAAAAAUUUACUUUGAUUCAGAAACACACUGUUGAAUUUAAUCAGCUAGCCAUGGCAAAUUCUGAAGGGUCUGAAGCUAUGCUGAACAGAGUCAUGACAAAAGAUAACAUUGGAGUUGCAGUACUGCUAGAACUUCGAAAGGAAUUGAUUGAAAUGUCAUCUGGAAAGCCACAUCUUGGAACAGAAAAACAACUUAUUCUUGUGGCUAAUGCUCACAUGCAUUGGGACCCUGAAUACUCUGAUGUGAAGUUGGUGCAAACUAUGAUGUUCCUCUCAGAAGUGAAGAACAUUAUUGAUAAAGCCUCUCGUAACCUCAAAUCCAGUGUAUUGGGAGAAUUUGGAACUAUUCCACUUGUGUUAUGUGCGGACCUUAAUUCUUUGCCAGAUUCUGGUGUUGUAGAAUAUUUGAGCACGGGUGGAGUAGAAACAAAUCACAAAGACUUUAAGGAGCUGAGGUAUAAUGAAAGUCUCACAAACUUCAGCUGUCAUGGGAAGAAUGGAACCACCAAUGGAAGGAUCACUCAUGGUUUCAAGUUAAAGAGUGCCUAUGAGAGUGGUCUGAUGCCUUACACGAAUUACACAUUUGAUUUCAAGGGUAUAAUCGACUACAUUUUCUAUUCUAAACCUCAGCUGAACACCUUAGGCAUCCUGGGCCCUCUGGACCACCACUGGCUGGUUGAGAAUAACAUCAGUGGCUGCCCACACCCCCUCAUCCCCUCUGACCACUUCUCACUUUUUGCACAACUGGAGCUCUUACUGCCUUUCCUGCCCCAAGUCAAUGGCAUCCAUCUUCCUGGCAGGAGGUAGUCAAGCACCUUCGGAGGACAGCCUCGAUUCACUUGUAAACUUGUGAAAAUCUGAACAUAGGGGAGUGAGGUAUGGCCACUGAGGAUUUUUGUUUUGAAUUUCCAAUCUGAUUAUUUGAUAAGGAUAUAGUAUGAAAGCCAGGUGCUAGCAACAGACAAAUUCUGAGCCCAGUAUGCUUUAUACUGCUAGACAGGGAUUGGUGUGUUUGCACCUAUCUUUAAUUUGUUAUAAGAAAUUUUCCUAUUUCUUCUAUCCAAUAUAAUAUUUUCAUGCCUUGAAAUAGGAAAAUGUUUGAAGAGCUUAUUCUCUUUGCACAGAAAUCUGUAGCACUACUUUUUUGAGGCCAGUAGUAACAUCCAGAGACCAUUCUUCCAUACUUUACUCCCUCCUUUUUCAGACUUGUUUGUAAAAUAUAGAAUUUGAAUUUAGCCUUUAUGAUUGUAUAUGAUCCACAGAAGACCUGAUUUAUGAAAUUUUGUACUAAAAAAUCAUUUGGAAAUGAUUGUAUUGUAAACUAAGGCUAAAUUUUUUUUUUAACCUGUUUCAUGUGUUAUAAAUGCCAGCUUGUAAAAGAAGCUGCAACAGACUUUCUCUGCUCAUGAUUUGCACUCUGAGGGUUUUGUUAGCCCUUUUGUACUACUUUAUUUUUAAAUUGAGAACAUGGUUCUUUAAAUAUAAAUCUGCUUAAACCUUAGGAUGUUUUCAGACCGGAGGCAACUUAUUCAUGAAUUUUUACGAAAACUAUCUACCAGGACAGAUAAGCUGAACAGUGAUGAUCUGUAGGCAUUUAUGGACUGAAUGUAAUGGUUGAUAUAUGUACAUUCUGGUAUUUUUAAAUCUUUAACUUUUUUAAGUUAAAAAACUACAGCUGCUAAGGUACAGCUUAACUCCUUUUUGAGACACUUCCUGUCCUAUCUCCACUGUGCCUGCCUAAAUUUGUUCUCAUCAAGCACUGCCUGUGCAUGCAGAGAAAAUCUGUGCAUCCUCUUUUAUAUUUUUAAAAUACUGUUUAACAUUUGUGAGAAUUUUAUGAAAAUGCUUUUGUAUGAGCUGUGGCUUUUUUUCCAUUGCGAAGCAUAAAAUAAUCACAUUUUGGAACAUGUUUAUGGGGUGGGUCCCUGGAUCUUUGCUCACCAGAUCCAAGCACUGCUUCUCGGUGUCAUUGCAGCGUACUGCUUGUCACCCAGAAUACUACUAUCAUGUGAAUUCUUUUUGUUGUCCGUGUAUUCCUUAGUCUUUUUUUUUUAAUCAUUCCUUAUUUAAGAAGAAGCAAUUUUCCAUUUAUGAAGCAGUAUAAAUUAGAUGCAUUUUCAAAACAGGUCCCUAAGACAAUUGUUCAGAUCAUUUUUAAAAUGACUAAGUCAUUUUAGUAUGUCAACCAAGAUAAAAGUUACAUCACACCCUCUAUUUUGCCCGUAGUGCCAUUAGUAGAAUAGAAAUGAAAAGCAGCUUUAACUUUGCAAAGUGAACGUGUACAUGGUCUGUUCUCAUUUAUUCAUUCUUCUGUGAAAAGUCAAAUGAAUUCAGAGGGAGCUUGGUCAAACUGCUUUUGUUUCAACUGCAGGCAGGGGAGUAAAAGGACAGCACGUGAGCAUUAGGAAAAAAAAUGUUGACUGUUAUUAACAAUUUUUAUACAGAGUGAGUCAUUUUGGAUGACUUAAAAUUUUAUGAAAAAUGUUCAGCACUUAAAUGUGCUUAUUCUGUUUUUAAGAGAAAAUAAAAUUACAUACUGUUUAAAUAAAUGAUUCUUUUUUUUUUUUUUACUUUUAGAAAAUUCUCCAAAGGGUUUUGAUCUUGAAUCUUUGUCUUGGACCUGUUUUUUCCUUUGAGGGUUUUUGUUGUUUUUUUAAGAUUUCGUUGGGAUGUUUUGGUUUUGUUUUUUGCUUUUUGUUUAAGUUGUGCUGACACCAAACACGUCCAGUUUAUAAUCAGUACAUUGGAAAGCUGGUAUUGAUGUAAAACCAGUACAUAACUUUUUAUGGGGUUUUUGUUCUUGUUUUUUUUUUUUUUUGUAAAGUGUGAAUUAAAGGUAUGUUUACUCAUUUUUCCUAAGCACUGUGUUGGUAAUAUGCAUCAUGACAAUUUCCAGUGAAGGUGAGCUGGAGCUGGUUGGACUGAGACUGAGGAAGCAGCCUUUCCUACGAUCUGCAUUAUGUAAUCACAGGUCCAGAGAGCUUUAUGGAAGGGGGAGGGGAGGAGCACUUACUCAUUUUGUAUUUGUUAAUGGAGGAUGUAAUCUUUUCGUAGAUGCUGGAACUAGAGUGCACUUGUUAGAUGCUAAAGGUUUGAGCUUUACACAAAAUGUAUUCAUCUGUAUUUGUUAUUGUCUAUAAUAUAUUUGAAUUUGGGGCAGCAUAUUAAGAUAUAAUGGCCUGUUAUGUCUUGAAAAUACUUGUUUUGCCUCUUCCAGGCAUACUGCAUUAUGUAGAUCAGUUUGAACAGCUUCUCCACCUUAAUUUGGACACUGAUAAAUUGAACCAAGAGUGUAGAUUUACAAUUUAACCUUGAAAAGAGGAAGAAAUAUUUGGGGUCUAUAGGGAAUAAACAGUCGCACCAAAAUAGACUAUGAUGCUUUUGUUAAGCAAGGUUUCAUGUUUUAGAUAUUUUCUGUGUGUUAAAUAAUUUCCAAUAAUCUAUACUUUCUAAAAUGCAAUAAAAACUAGUAUGUUUUC